ACAAAGUUUCAGUUGUGGUCUGGCUAGGAAGCACCAAAAUUCAUUGUUUUCCAUUGCCGGGUGUUGUAGGAGCCCCAGAGGAGAGCCCAGGGGGCCAAGGAAUGGAGAGCGGGGACUGUGCAGGAGCCAGAGCAGCGAGAGAGGCCGGGCUGAAGGAUUUCUCAUUCCCAAACUUUGGCUGGAUGGAGGAGGAGGCUGUAAGGAAGAGGAAGAUGGCCCGGGACAUGCGGGCAGACAAGGAGGUGAGGAUGGAGACCAGGGAGGACAAAUCCCCACAGAAGAACCUCGAGGAGGAGGCAGAUUUGAGCGGCUCCAUGGGGCAGAAAUCCAACAGGGAGGAAAAGCUCCAGAGAUGGCACAGGAAGAGGGGCACCAAACCCAGCCCAGUGUGCUCUAAGGUGAAAGGCUGCACCCUGAGCCAGGAAGGUGGACAGAGCUUCAGCCAGGGAUUGGAGCUGGUGACCCAUGAGCAGCUUCAUGACGGUGAGAAGCCCUACAAGUGUUUGGAGUGUGGGAAGAGCUUCAGGCGGAGCAACACCCUGAUCAGCCACCAGAUGAUCCACACUGGGGAAUGGGCCUGUGAGUGUGGGGAAUGUGGGAAGGGCUUCAGCUGCUGCUCCCACCUUAUCAUCCACCAACGCAUCCACACUGGGGAGAGGCCCUAUGAGUGUCCUGUGUGCCAGAAGAGGUUCCAAACCAGCUCCAAUCUCCUCCUGCAUGAGAGAAUUCACACACAGGAGAGGCCCUUCCGUUGCCCCGACUGCGGGAAGGGCUUCAAGCGCAACUCCCACCUCAUCACCCACCAGCGAAUCCACACUGGGGAGAGGCCCUACGAGUGUUCCCAGUGUGGACAGAGCUUCAGCCAGAGCUCAGAGCUGAUGGUCCAUGAGCAGCUUCAUGAUGGGGAGAAGCCCUACGAGUGCUUGGAGUGUGGGAAGAGCUUCAGGCAGAGCUGCCACCUGAUCUGCCACCAGAGGAUCCACACCGGGGAAUGGCCCUACGAGUGUGGGGAGUGUGGGAAGGGCUUCAGCUACAGAUCCACCCUUGUGACCCAUCAACGCAUCCACACCGGGGACAGGCCCUAUGAAUGCCUUGAGUGUCAGCAGAGAUUUCAGACCCGCUCCACUCUCCUCAGGCACCAGAGGAUUCACAGCGAGGAGAGGCCCUUCCUCUGCCCCGACUGCGGGAAGGGCUUCAAGCAAAACUCCCACCUUGUCACCCACCAGCGCAUCCACACUGAUGAGAGGCCCUUCCUCUGCCCCGACUGCGGGAAGGGCUUCAAGCGCAAUUCCCAACUCGUCACCCACCAGCGCAUCCACACUGGGGAGAGGCCCUAUGAGUGCCACACCUGUCAGAAGAGGUUUCACAGCAGCUGCAAUCUCCUCCUGCAUGAGCGGAUUCACAGCGAGGAGAGGCCCUUCCGCUGCCCCGACUGCGGGCAGGGCUUCAAGCACAACUCCACUCUCGUCACCCACCGGCGCAUCCACACUGGGGAGAGGCCCUACCAGUGUCCCCAGUGUGGGAAGAGCUUCAUCAGCAGCUCUAACUUGACCCAACACCAAUGGAGUCACCGGUAA